ACAUUUGCAUUGUUUUUAUCGCAGGAGUUUUGACGCGGCUGAGUAAGUGCGGAAAACGGGUGAAAAAUGCUGCCGGAGAACAUAGAUCAGCAAGUUGCGACGCUGGAGAAACAAGAAUUGGAAGCCCCCAAUGGAGUGGCUUCGCUGCAGCUGUACACCGAGCUUUUUGCUGCUUAUCUGUACAAAAAUGAGCUGAGCCAAGCGAGGUUUCUCUGGAAGCGAAUCCCGCAGAAUAUCAAAGGUGGAAACGCGGAGCUGGAGCGAUUGUUCACAGUUUUGCAGUGUUUGUGGUCAAACAAAAAUGUUGAAUUCUACAAAGCCAUCACAUACGAUUGGUCAAAGGCAAUAGCCAAGCUCAUGGCAGAGUUGAAAGAGAAGGUACAGAUGGAGACGAUAAAUCUCAUCGGACGAGCGUAUAGUUCAAUCUUCGAGAAUGUAUUCGCGGACAUGACUAAUCACAGUCCGGAAGUUGUCACGGAAACAUGCAAGAGUCUCAACUGGGAGAUCAUAGAAGGCCCCUUUCCGCGCCUCAUCAUACCCAAGAAGCCGCCAGUGGAGAAGCUGGUCUUCACCAGCUGUGAAGAUCAGUUGCAAAAGCUCACGGACUUUGUCUCUUUCCUGGAAAACUAAUUGAAGAAGCUGGAGAAUCGUUGCGAGAAUACAUAAGACAUUAUUCACAAAAGUGUAAGUCUUUUCAUUUUCUUUUAUUCUCUGUUCGCAUUAAUAAGAAACACAAAGAACUGUCUUCACGUUUUGUUAAUCACGUUCCCAAAAAUGUGCCUAAACCCCAGUAAAGCGUCCAAAUUCUUAUACGUAAUUAAAAUAAAAGAGA